AUCUGUGUACAGUACCGGUACCAAAACAAUGCCCGAGCGCCACGAGUCAUUAGCAAAGAUCUACAGGCAGCAAAAGAUCCCAACGUAAAAGAAUCAUAAAAAAGCAGCCAAACUUAUAAAACGAAGCAGCCACACAACCACAGCCUCGAGAUGUAUUUCAUUUCCUAUAUCCUCCUAUCUGUCGCCCUCAUGGCUCGAACAUCGAUGGGGCAACCACCCGAGGCAUUUAUGCAUGGGGAAGGGAGCUCAAUGGGGGGCGGGCCACCACCCGGGGCUUUUAUGAAUGCCCAUGAGCCACAAGCAGUUGAUUUGAGUCUUGUCAAAGAGGAGUUCGAUCGCUGCAACUCUGAGAUCAUUGAUGUGCACCUCCAUGAUGCAUUUUGGUUUAACUCGGCCGACCCUCUCUUGGAAGAGAUGAAACUUUCUCACGUUUCUCGCGGUCUCAUGCUAUCUGUCUACGGCCCAAUCGCUAAUCCCUUCUCUGGAGACCCCAACGAAGUCACAGAAAGCAUCGUCAAUGGCAGCAACGGCCGCAUUUUUGGCUUGGCAUCUCUCAACACAACCAUUCCUGACUGGGAGAAUCAUGGAGAGCAGGAACUGGAACGCCUUGCAACCUUUUUGGCCAAGAAACCAGGCUUUGUAGGCGGAAAGGUCGCUGCACCACAUACUUGCCUGCCUUUGAAUUCCGACAUCAUGAGAGACGUCGUCAGAACCAUCUCGGAAAGCCCCAGCCCUGUGGUGUUUCUCCAUAUCGGAACAACGCCCUUCUGUGGGCCCAUGGGCGAACAAGUUUUCGGGAGACCGGCUUGCUGCGGCCCUGAGUUCGUUGAUCCCACUUACUUGGAAGAUCUCAUUCAGAAGUUUACAGAUACUACCUUCAUAUUGGUCCAUGCAGGUGCAGACUUUCUCCCACCCAACAGCGAGCACUUUUACCAUGGAGAAAACGUGGACAAGUCUGUAAUGCUGGCAGAAACGUAUGACAAUGUGUACCUGGAAAUCUCGGCAUUCUUGCGACAAGGCCCCAAUGGGACGGACGUUUACACGGAGGGAACUCAUAUUCUCGACAAGAUUGCCGAUGCUGGGUUGGCUAGCAAGACGAUUUACGGAUCUGACGUGAACCACGCCCCCCAUGCUAUUGGAUCUUACUUGGCAACAACAUUGGACAAGUUCAUUGCAGCUGGCUUUGACGAGGAGGAGCGCUGCAUGAUGUUUUCUGGAAACGCUAUCAAAGCCUUUGGCCUCGAGUUGGGGGAAACUGAAGCGCCGCAACCCCCAAUGGAUAGUGAAGAGCAUGGUGAAGAAGACAACGGAAACCAUGUCGAAGAAGCAUCCGGCCUUGACGACGUUGCCGACUAUCUUUCAUCUUCGGGUGCGGGCAUGUUUAUGACGAAUGUGGCUUCAAAUAUUGCAAUGGCAUUGGCCCCUUUUGCUUUUGUUCUCUUCUAAAUUCAAGACCCCCACGACCAAUUUCUACAUGCAUACUACUCGCCCUGCAGCCUUAAGGGUCGGUUGCGGGCUUUGUUCAAACCUAUCUGAUCACUAGUAAAUGAAAACCUUAUCAACAGCCUUUGCUUGUUUGUCUCAAC